CUCAUAAAGUUGAUGUUUUUUCUCAUUGGGAAAAAGGCAACAUUCAAUUAUUAAAAACAAAUUCCCAUUCACAACGGUAACUCUCACACACAACAAGUUACACAUCCUUCUCCGGCGACCCUAACUUUUCCGAUGAACGGUGAACAAGAAGUUCCGCUGCCGUUUACGGUGGACCGGAUGAUCAACGAGAUAUGCCUCCAGAAGCUUCUUCCACCGCCUGACGCCGCUGCUCGGAGAUUUCUUUCGAAGAUCACCGAAGAGUCUGCCAUUGACGUGUUGAGAAGAGUUAGUUCAACGUCCAAACCGAUUUAUAACAUCAGUAGUUACAUUGUUUGGAUGGUCAAUAAGUACGGAACGCUGCCUUCUGCUUCCAACGGUGAAGCAGAGAGUGUUCGUUUAUCGCCGCAUUAUCCGUCUUCGCCUUCAUCUACAGCUUGUUCCAGUCCUCAGAAAAGUGCAUUACAUGAUUCUCCAACUUUGAAGGAGUUUUUUGAAUCACCUUGCUGUUGUAAGAGUGCUAGUCCUGUGAAAUGUCAGUAUUAUAGUGCUACAAACAACGGCCAUGAAACUCGUGUUCAACGACAGAAUUCAGGCUUGUCUUGUUCUAGUUUGAAAGAUGCAAUGCCUGCUUACGCACCAAGUGUUAGCCACAGUGUUUCAUCUACCUCUAGUUUAAAGGGCACAAAUGGUAAUCACCUGGACCGAAACUUCUAUGGCUCUCCAAGGACUAGCUACUGUGGUUCACCCGAUCAAACGAAACUAUCUGCACCAUUUGAUCCUCCAGCAUCAAACUAUAAAAUAAGCGAUCAGUCACUGAUUCUUGCUGAGCUGGAGUUCAGGAAAUUAUUCAUGGUAUAUAGUUACAUCGGAAGAAACAAGCUGGAGGAUGUUGUCUCUGUUGAUGAUGCAAACGAAAUAAACUCGAUGAAGUCGUUGCAAAUGUUUGAUUUUGAGGAUCGGAUGUGGAGCAAAUUUGGUAGCCGUUACUGCCAACCGUCUGAUAGAGCCUCGAAUCUUGACUGGGAUUCCGGGAAGACACACUCGUAUACAUGUUACGUGAGUUCUGAUGGAGGUUACCAAUUUAAGCCGUAUCUUAUAACAAAAAGAACUCAUCUACAAAGGGUGAUAGGAGAUGAAAACGUAUUGACCGUCAAGUUUGCAGAGGCUGCAGACAUGACGACUUGCAGAAAUUACGAAACAUUUGCAGAAUCAGGGAUUCAUGUUGGGUUAAGACAUUAUCGCUUUUUUGUAUUCAAAGAUGAUGGCAAAGAAAGGAAAACUUACGAAAAAGAAGACAGGAAACGAGGGUCAUCUGUGACAUGUUAUUUUGUUAAAAGGGAAUCGAUUGCACCGUGGGAUGAUAGAGACAAUUUGAUAAUGAAUUACAAAACUACCCAUGACGUACGGUGUCUCUUCAUGCAUAUACAUACGGUCCCUAACAUCGCCAAGUACAAUGCGAGGCUUUCUCUUAUUCUAUCAACAACGAUGAAGCUCCAAGUUGAUCUUGCUUCAGUGUCGGUAGAACAAAUUGAUGACAUCCCUUGCAUUGAUGAAAACGGCUGUACUGUGUGUGAUGAAGAUGGAGAACCAUCGAUACAUACAGACGGAACCGGAUUUAUAUCUGAAGAUCUAGCUGUCUUGGUCCCAAACGACUUUCUUGAUGCAAAGUUUACGAAAGCUAAAGAUUACGAGUUUGACUUUAUCCAAACUGAAACUGGAUCAGCUGGCUUAGGAGGAAGACAGGUGUUGGUUAGAGAACCGCCUUUGCUGAUCCAGUGUCGUUUGUUUCACGAGGGUUCUGCCGUUAAAGGAACUCUUCUUGUUAACAAGAAGCUUAAACCAAGAACAAUACAAGUCAGACCAUCAAUGAUUAAGGUUAAGAAAGAUCCAAGAUUGUCAGAUAAAAAAUCAUUUAAUUCUCUCGAAAUAGUCUCUGUAAGUCAUAAACCGAAAGAAGCUAAACUAUCAAAGUAUUUGAUAGCACUUUUAAGCAUUGGAGGCGUCCCUAAAGAAUAUUUUUUGGAAUUACUAGCAAACACCUUAAACGAUAUUCAAAGAGUAUGCUUUGAUCGACGUGCAGCAUUUCGAAUCGCAAACAUUUAUCAAAAUAUAGAUGAUUCUGGAAUUUGCAUGGAAAUGUUCGGGGCCCGCAUUCCUCUUACCGAACCAUUCUUUCAGUACCGCUUAUCUCAGCUCGCCAAACAAGAAAGAAAAAGGCUUGGUGAAGGAAAAAUCCCACUUACCGAGAGCUUUUAUUUAAUGGGAACAACUGAUCCUACUGGAACCUUGAAUAGUGAUGAAGUUUGCGUUAUCCUUGAGAAUGGUCAGAUAUCAGGCAAGGUUCUAGUGUACAGGAGUCCGGGCCUUCAUUUUGGAGAUAUACACGUUUUAAACGCUCGGUAUGUGAAAGAAUUAGAAGAUUAUAUUGGAAACGGUAAAUUUGCUAUAUUCUUUUCCACAAAAGGAAGAAGAUCAGUCGCAAAUGAAAUUGCAACUGGCGAUUUUGACGGGGAUCUGUAUUUCGUCUCAAGAAAUCCUCAGCUGUUAUAUUACUUCAAACCGUGUGAGCCAUGGACACGUAUUUACUCAACGCCAAAUGCACCUAGUAAGAAACCGAGUGACUUAUCUUUUGAAGAGUUGGAGAAGGAGUUGAUUAGACUAGUUUUUUCACCGAAAACACACAGUAGUGUAGUUGGAAUUACAGCUGAAAGUUGGAUGGCAUUUAUGGAUCAGUAUCUGACAUUGCAAGAUGAUGACGGUGAUGAUGAUGAGAAGCGUGAUAUCAAGAAAAAGAUGUUGCAUUUGAUCGACUUACACUAUGAUGCUAUUGAUGCGGCUAAAAGUGGCAAAAAGGUUGUAGUUCCUAAUAAUUUAAAAGCCACACGUUAUCCUCAUUAUAUGGGUCGAAAACCAGAAUAUCAUUCCACUUCUAUUCUUGGAAAGAUUUUUGAUCAAUUUCAGAAUCGUAAAAACGAGAAGUUACCAGUACAAGAAAUCUGGAAAUUGCCAGAAUUCAACGUCAGUAUUCCUCAUUCUUGCUUAAACACGUGGAAUGAAAGAUACCGAACCUAUAAACAGGAGAUGUCGAAUGCACUGAAAGACAUCGACCAAUCGAAAAACGAUGCUGCAAGCAGUGUGAUCACAAAGUAUAAGCAGAUGUUAUACGGUGCCUCGGAUUUUAAAGAUAGCACGCGUAACAUUGAGGAUGUGUACAAUGAAGCGCUCGCGAUUUACCAUGUUACUUAUGAUUAUGCGAAAAGCAUAAAAGAUGUUGCAAAAUGUGGGUUUGCCUGGAAAGUUGCUGGUUCAGCUCUUUGCGCGUAUCACAGGAAGAGUCACUGUAUGAAGACGGGAGAAAGAGAAAUUACAAUUCUCUCCUCAGCAUUUGAUGGUAUAUUUUAAGAAGUUCUUUUGAAGUAAGUUAUGUUUCUUUACGAUCCCUUCGGUAGUGUAUAUAAAUGUAGUAUGUUGUAGAGUAACAAUGACCGUGUACGAAGAUGUAUUUUGUAAAAAGAUGUAAAUAUACGCUGAGACGCUUUUUAACUUCUUUCGGUUUAGGAUUUGCAUCGAGAAAGCGGAGGCAAGUUUGAUUUUGCAUAAAAACA